GGACUGCUACGAGGGCGCUGGUACUUUCAAUCAAUGUUUGCCUCAAAGUGAAAUCCCAGGGUGGUUCAAAUCUGAAAAUAUUGCUAGAUCCUCAUCAGUAACAAUCCAGCUACCUCUAAAUUUGUAUGACAAUCCUGAGUGGAUGGGAUUUGCAUUUUGUGCUGUUUUCUCAUUUCAAAAGCAUCCUAUUUCCGUUCAUAUGAAAGAUUCAGGAUUUUCUUUUAUCAUCGUUUGUCAUUUGAAGACCAACUUGGGUUGUAUGAAUCCAUUAUAUGGCAUCAGUGAAGAGGACGUAAUAAUAUCAUCACAUCAACGGGCAUUCCUUUGGGUAUCAUUCAUUCCAUCUGGGUUUCUUUCACCCAAAUGGAGUCGAUGCACUUCGGUUGAAUUCUCAUUUGUGAGCGAUAAUUCGGAUGUGUCGGCGCUAAAGUGCGGGGUCGAUCUUGUAUACCGGCAAAAAUUGGAAUUUACUCGUAUAAUGGUACAAUGCAUAACCUCACACGAUGGUCCUUUCACAUCGUAUGAAAGAUUUCCCUUUUAUCAUCCUGAUCAAUUCAGUGGCAGUGACGGCUCUAGGGGAACUUCUGGUCACUAUUCUUAUGAGCAAUUCUACAAAACUGCCGCCUUGGACCGUUAUAACAAUCAUAGUAUUUUCGAUCAAUGUAUUCUUCAAAGUGAAAUCUCAGAGUGGUUCAGCCAUGACUCGCUACCGUCAGAUUUGUCACCUAAGUUUGACUUUCAUCCAUCCACUUUGUAUAAUUUUUGUUUCCCUCCAAGUAAAAUUCAAGACUGGUUUAGUCAUCCGAAUCAUGGACACUCAGUGACAAUUGACCUACCCUCAAAUUUGUACCACGAAAGUAAUUGGAUGGGACUUGUUCUGUAUGCUUCUUUCUCCAUCAAUGGGGAUCCAAACAUCAUCUUUAGCAAUCUGGCAUCAGGAAAAUCUCACUUCCUAUAUUGUCAAUGCCAAACGAGUAUGGCUAAUGUUGAUAAUCAGAAAAUUGCUUUCUCCACCAAUAAAGAAGAAAUCACGUGGUUACUUAAUCUAGGUGAAUUCAUUUGGAUAUGCUACGUACCAGGAAAGCCAUUUAAGAAUAUGUUGCGACACUGCAGCCACAUUGAGGCCUCAUUUGAGAGUGAUUGGUUAGGCGUGAUAGUGCAGAAUUGUGCGUUACAACUUUUGUACCAGCACGAUCAAGUGCAGUUUGAGCAAGAACUAAAAUACUGCAACAAAUUGAUUUCAGAGAAUCGACAGCUUGUUUGUAAACAACAAGAGGAUCAAAAAAAAAAAAAUGAACAAUACCAUGUUGAUAAAGGACUUCAAAGAAAAAUCUUUUCUAAUAUUGACUUUGAAGUUAAAAUAUUUCCAAGGCUAAUUGAUCAACCGGAGACUAAUGAUGAAACUGAGAUUCAACUUGGCCAAAGUGACCUGCUGGAGAACCAAGAGAAGGUGGACACUUCAAAAGAACUGACCAAAAUCUCUGGAGAGCAUUUAGAGAAAGGUCCUUAUGAUUUACUACAAAAAAUGGAUCAAGAAAUUAUCCGUGAGGAAUCAGAGGAACCUGGAAGAUGCAUUACGGCAAAUAAAUUAUUAUGUAAAUUUGGAGAAGAAAGUAACUAUACAGGUAAGCAGAGGCAACCAAUUGAAAUGGACGCAAAGCAAAAGCGAAACUACGCCUUAGAGAACAUCGAAUACGAGGCCUCGUCCACCACCACUUCCACCUCUUCUUCUUUAAGUCCUUCUUCCUCGUUCGACAUCGCCGCCGGCGACGAAGACUUGUCGUCUAUAGGCGGCCAUCGAAGUUGCUCUCUCGACCUUCCUCCAUUUUUUCACAACCAAAAGAGCUUCAGAUUCGAAGGCACAUAUGGCGAAUUCGACCUCAUUUGUCGCUCUUUGGGCCUUUCCGGGAUCGACGACUUCUCUAACACUACGCGUUUGGGAGGGUACGCUGAAACGACAAGCUCUUCUUCUUCUUCUUCGGUUUUUUCGGAAGAAGAGGAUAAGAAGCAGAACGAGAAUGAGAAUGAGAAUGAUAUCGGGAUUGUUCGCGCAACGAAUGUGAUUCCAGUGUAUAGUUUUUCGCCGAGAGGGAAAUUGAGACAGAGUAUUAGUUCGUGGCAAAAGGGUGAGCUUCUUGGACGUGGCUCUUUCGGAACUGUCUAUGAGGGCAUCACUGAGGAUGGCUUCUUUUUUGCUGUAAAGGAGGUUUCGUUCCUGGAUCAAGGAAGCCAGGGCAAGCAGAGCGUUUCCUACCUUGAGCAGGAGAUUUCACUUUUAAAGCAAUUUGAACAUGAGAAUAUAGUUCAGUAUCUUGGCACGGAAAAGGAUGAAAGUAGGAUUUAUAUCUUCCUUGAGCUCGUAACAAAAGGGUCACUUGCCAGUCUUUAUCAAAAGUAUCGCUUGAGGGAUUCUCAAGUCUCUGCUUACACAAGACAGAUUUUGAAUGGAUUGAAGUAUCUUCAUGAUAAGAAAGUGAUCCACAGGGACAUCAAAUGUUCUAAUAUAUUGGUGGAUGCAAGUGGAUCUGUAAAACUUGCAGAUUUUGGGUCCUUAGCAAAGGUAACCAAAUUGAAUGAUAUUAAGUCUUGCAUAGGGACUCCAUUCUGGAUGGCACCUGAGGUUGUUAAUUUAAAAAACCGUUCCUACGGGCUUGCAGCUGAUAUAUGGAGCCUUGGAUGUACAGUGCUGGAGAUGUUAACGCGUCAACAUCCAUACUCUCCCUUGGAAGGCGUGCAAGCAUUGUUUACGAUUGGCAAGGGUAAACCUCCUCUAGUUCCUGAUUCCUUGUCAAGAGAUGCCCGAGAUUUCAUCCUCAAAUGCUUACAAGUUAACCCAAAUGAGCGGCCUACGGCAACUCAACUAUUGGAUCAUCCAUUUGUGACUAGACCUCCAAAUUCCUUUGGACCUGCUUCUCCUCACAGCAGCAUACAGUUAUAAAAGCUUAUGAACAAUCUUUGAUGUUUGUAUGUAUGUUUUGGUAAGCAAGUACCACUGAUUCCGCCACUCACUGCAGAUCUUAUGUAAAUAAAGAAAUACAUGUCACAUGAAUUUUGUGAUUAUGGAAAUUUCAGAAAAAGUUGUUGAAGAUGUUUGUAGAAUAUUCACUGAGGCUUGGUGCU